AAUAAUAUUCGAUUGUGAACCGCACACGAAUCAAUAGGGUUAGACGUUUUUGGAUCUUUGACCCUCUUUCCUCAUUCUCUCAAUCUUCAUUUCUUCGUCGACACCAUCCACCACCAUGGCGACGGCAAGCCGAUUAUUGAGAAACCCGUUGGCUUCAAGCCUUCGUAGCGUUGCAAAAAGGCAAUCAUUUCCAUCAUUCCGUCACUUAUCGCUUCUUCAGUCCAACGGAUCCAUCAGUGGAAGCUGGCAUGCCUCCGAAGUUUCACUGCCCACGAAACAAGUGCGAUGUCACUCGACCACGAACCAACCCGUAGAAUCUCGCACCAGCUCCGAUGGUGUAGUUGGGCUUCCCAUUGAUUUUGAUAUUGCAGCCAAAAUUGAGGGCAAUGAAAGUCAGAUUGCCACUAUAGCCUUGGAACCAGGCCAAGUGCUUCGAGCCGAGUCCGGGGCAAUGAUGUACAUGACACAGGGAGUGCAAAUGAAUACCACCACGGGUGGCGGCCUUUCGUCUGGCUUCCAGCGUAUGCUCACUGGACAGAACAUGUUUAUCUCUGACUACACGUACGAGGGAGAGCCAGGAACAGUUGGUUACGUGGCCCUUGGCACUGAUUUUCCUAGCAAGAUUGUCCGGCUUAAUAUUGAAGAAUACGGUGGCAAAUUGGUGUGCCAAAAGGGCGCUCUGCUUUGCGCAUCCCACACAGUUGACAUUCAGAUGGAAUUUUCAAAGAAUUUCUCCACGGGCUUCUUUGGCGGAGAGGGUUUUGUGCUGCAAGGUCUGACUGGGGAAGGAGACGCGUUUUUGAAGGCGGGAGGAACGUUGAUCCGCCGGGAUCUCGAUGACGGAGAGCAGCUACGAAUUUCCUCUGGUUGUCUGGUUGGUUUCUCUCAGGGAGUUGAUUAUGAUGUACAGAUGGUCCAAGGCUUCAAGAACGUCUUUGCUGGCGGGGAAGGUCUGUUCAUGACUACUUUGACGGGCCCAGGUACCGUGUGGCUACAGGGACAACCGCCGCAGAGGAUGGUAAGUGAAAUUGCGCGACGAGUGCCAUCGGGCGGAGGCCUUGGCCUUGCUGUGCCCAUCGGUGGCGUUGGUGGUGGAGGAGGAGAAGGUGGCGGUGGUGAGGGCGAAAGUACCGGUAGCUCGUAGCAGCCACUUCUAAGAGGCUACGGAAGAACAUCACAUCCUUAUUAGGCAUCCUGUAGUUGUUGAAAUUAGAAGUGUAGUAGAACUCCCUGCAAGCGAGAGAACGGAAAGAGUGGUAUAAGUCUGAUUGUCACCCAAAGCAAGGUGCACGUUCGGUAGCUUCAGUCAGUGCUCUGUCUCCCUCACUCCAGCAAUUUACUCCCAAUGCUUCGAAGGUUGCUUUGCUUCUUGAAUAGUCAGUUGGCUUGGCCAUCGGUAGUUCUUGGAACGUCUUUCUGGGGUGAUCGCUUGAUAGAACUCGUACCUUCGUGGUCGUGCUCAGGCGCCCAGUCACUAGCUCAAGUUUUGAGGUUUUGAAAAGCUUCGAUCACUCAUUCGAUGGUCACUUCCAAUCCACCACAUAAAUUAAUUGAUCACCCAGGUUGAAUACUGUUGAUCUAUCGGCAAACACUUAUUUUGUCUUUGGUACUUCUUCCUGGCUAGCUAUAUAACGUUUGUCAUUCGUUAUAGUAUAUUUUUCUAAAGUACCGUAUUUUUCUGGACCAUCAAGUUGCUUGACGGCUUUUUGUUUAUUGUUCUGGGGGCAUUUUUUUUCCUGCUUUCUUUGUUGUAUUAAUAGCCCAUUUUUCAAAUACAUGUCCACUUUCAACCUAUUUUUUGUUUGUUUUUCUUGUUGUGUGUUGUCAACAUUGGCCUGUUGAUUGAUUGUUGCUGUCGUUUGUUUCGGUUGCUGAUUGUCGCCAUUGGUGUUUGGAUUGCACUUCCAAUUAUCAUUUUUAAAAGCGAGGCCAUCCUUUCAAAACUUCAAGU